GAGGUCGCCCCGCCCCCCGCCGUUGGUUGCGCGGGGCCGGGCGUGCGGCGCUUGUGCUGUCAUUCCGGCGGGUAGAGGACACGGGCAAGAUGGCGGCGGUGGCGGCCGGUGUGGUGCGGGGGCCCUGGCGGCAGGUGUCUGCACUGGUGAAGAGGCGUUUCCACCGCUCGGCGCCCGCCGCGCUGCAGUUGACAGUUCGUGAAGCUAUUAAUCAGGGUAUGGAUGAAGAACUAGAAAGAGAUGAAAAGGUGUUUCUGCUUGGGGAAGAAGUUGCCCAGUAUGAUGGUGCAUAUAAGGUUAGCAGAGGCCUAUGGAAGAAGUACGGUGACAAGAGGAUCAUAGAUACCCCCAUAUCAGAGAUGGGCUUUGCUGGAAUCGCUGUUGGUGCAGCUAUGGCUGGGCUGCGGCCCAUCUGUGAAUUCAUGACCUUCAACUUCUCUAUGCAAGCCAUUGACCAGGUUAUAAACUCAGCUGCUAAGACUUACUACAUGUCUGCCGGCCUCCAGCCUGUGCCCAUAGUAUUCAGGGGGCCAAAUGGUGCCUCAGCAGGGGUAGCUGCUCAGCACUCACAGUGCUUUGCUGCGUGGUAUGGGCACUGCCCAGGUUUAAAAGUGGUCAGCCCCUGGAAUUCCGAGGAUGCCAAAGGACUCAUUAAAUCGGCCAUUCGUGACGAUAAUCCAGUGGUGAUGCUAGAGAAUGAACUAAUGUAUGGAGUUGCAUUUGAACUUCCUACAGAAGCUCAGUCAAAAGAUUUUCUCAUUCCUAUUGGAAAAGCCAAAAUUGAAAGGCAAGGGACCCACAUCACUGUAGUUUCCCAUUCAAGACCAGUGGGCCACUGCCUAGAAGCUGCAGCAGUAUUGUCCAAGGAAGGGAUUGAAUGUGAGGUAAUAAAUAUGCGUACUAUCAGACCAAUGGACAUGGAAGCCAUAGAAGCCAGUGUCAUGAAGACAAAUCACCUUGUAACUGUGGAAGGAGGCUGGCCCCAAUUUGGAGUGGGAGCUGAGAUCUGUGCCAGAAUCAUGGAAGGCCCUGCAUUCAAUUUCCUUGAUGCUCCUGCUGUUCGUGUCACUGGUGCUGAUGUCCCUAUGCCUUAUGCAAAGAUCCUAGAAGACAACUCCAUACCUCAGGUCAAAGACAUCAUAUUUGCAAUAAAGAAGACACUGAAUGUCUAAUUUGGACUUUGAAUAGCAAGUCAUUGAAAUUUAUUUAAAAUUGUUACUGGGACUUCAUCUGAUGUGUACUGAGAAACAUUUCCUGGUUAUAGUUAGUGCUACCACAGCAGCAGGUGUCUGCACUGCUAAGUUUAAAUAUGCUUAUGCGCGGAAAACUCCACUCCCCACCCUAGAUGCUAUACUUUUUGUCUGUUACGGUUGGCCUAGUCUUUGAAUAAGAUUAAUAUUUAUUUUUUCCCUCUCUCACUACAAGGGGCAAGAGUCCUGAUGAAAGAUAUGUAACAGUUCUGGCUAUCUGGGUACUCACUGUGUAGACCAGGCUGGCCUCAAACACCAGAGAUCUGCUUGCCUCUGCCUCCCGAAUGUUACGAUUAAAGGCGUGCGCUGACACCACUGUUGUAACCCAGGCACACCUGGCCCCGCCUCUCACCCACUUGCACACGGCCGGUGUAUGGACCCUGGGUUUUAAAAGAAAGGCCCCGCCUACUUCCAUUCUCUGUCCCUCUUUCCUGCUGUCUCCCUCUUCUCUUCUGUCCUCUGCCUCUUUACCUCCCCCCAUCCUUCCCUUUCUAAUAAAACUUCUCACUGA